ACGCAAAAAAUGCCCAGAUUAUUAACAACUAGCGCAUCUGCCUGUCGGAAACUUUUGCGCAAAGCCGAGCUCAUGGGCAUAAACACAUUAGCCUUAGAGAUGCAGGAGGCGCAGGCAGCUGCUUUGGUGGAUGUAAGAAAGAAAUGGCAUAUUCCUCCUGCGUUUACGGUAGAGUUCAUUGCGUAUUAUUUAGAUCGCAAUGAUCGUCUGAAAGAAAUGAAAACUACAUUGGAAAAAUUGAUGGAGGAUAAUAAGAAUUUAUUAGAUGAACAGCAACAUUUGAGGGUUAAAUAUGAUGAGGUUCUGAAGAAAAACACUGACGUGACUUCGAAAAAUAUUGACCUAAAACAAAACAUUCACAAAUACCAUUCAGCUAUCUUGAGUGCCUGCCCGACUAAGAACUUGCCCAACAUUGAAGAUUUGGGUAAACCGCCCAUCGCCAGAGCUCCACAACCUAUGAUGGUGCCAACUGCGGCCGCCUUGAAAAUGGGAGUUGGGUUUCCGCUGAAGAAUAUUCCUUCAGGUAGAGGGGAUAGGGUGCUUAGUAGUCAUGCUAACAAAG